UGUCGAUUUUAUUGUUAUUUUUAGCAUUUGUCAGCUUUGUGAAUAUCUAAAGUUGUAUUUAACUUGUGCAUCCACGUUCAUUUCUUGUGCAACCCUGGCCAGCAUUGGCGUUUCAUCACCUUUAUGUUGUUUAGCCGCUAAUUGUUGCACAUAGAAAAUGUAUUUAAUUAUAUAAUCGCGCUAAACUCAGGUAAACACGGUAAUGGCAUCUAUUGAUACUAGCAAGCGCAAACCCCGACGCACACAAGGUACACCAUCCUAUCAGUAUCGUAAUCGUUUUGCCUGCGCUAUUCUGGCGGUCGGUACGGUGCUCUUCGGUCUUUGGAGUCUGACGCCCAUGCAACGCAUUGUCAACGAAAGGCUGUACAAGGAUCUGGCCACAGUCACCGAAGAGGAGAAGGAUCGUAAGGCCUUGUUCGAAUUUGCUGCCCCGCGUCCUGGCAAAUACAUCCGACAGGCCAUUGAUGAGGGCGAGCAUUUGCGUACGGAACGUUAAGAAGAUAAUAUAAAUAACAUAAAUAUAUAAAUGCAAAAUGGACGGACGAACACGGCGAGCAAACUUUCAGAAACUACAAACCGCGAACUCCAAGCAGCGGUAGGUCGGGCUAUGGAACCUCAAUUAGUUGUGUUUCAGUUUACUAAUAAAAUGUUCUAGUUGUACUAAAA